AUGGAAGUGAUGGUGAAGCAAGAAUUGAUGACAAUCGAAGACGGAAUGCAAAGGGUUUCUUCUUCUUCUUUAACUGAUAAUAUGCCGAUAAUAACAACCGAGUCGAAGAAGAGUAGUAAGGAUCAUCAAGAAGGAGGUGGUCCGCCAAAUAAGAAACCUAAAGUCGAACAACAAGAAUACGCAUUGAUGUUGCCUGCACUUGUUGAUCCUUCUAAUAUUCAGCAACAAAAACCGUGCUCGGCCGCGCUAGACGUUGUUGAUUAUCAAAAGAAAGCGGCGGAGGGGAAUGUUGGUAUGUGUAAACAGUUUUGGAAGGCAGGGGAUUAUGAUGGCCCUGUUGUUUCCCAUGAUCAUUCUAUCUCACUUCCUCAUGGUGGCAUGGAUCACUUGAGGGUUCAUCCAAGAUUCUUGCAUUCGAAUGCUACAAGUCACAAAUGGGCGUUAGGAGCUUUCGCUGAGCUUCUUGACAAUUCUUUGGAUGAGGUGCGAACCGGAGCUACUUAUGUCAAUCUGGAUGUGCUUCACAACGAGAAUGAUACUCGCACCAAAAUGUUGCUCGUUGAAGAUAACGGUGGUGGUAUGACUCCUGAUAAAAUGCGAGGCUGCAUGUCUCUUGGCUACUCUGUCAAAAGCAAACUGGCCAACACUAUUGGUCAAUAUGGGAAUGGUUUCAAGACAAGUACAAUGAGGCUUGGAGCAGAUGUUAUAGUAUUCACCCGUUGCCCUGGAAAGGAUGGAGGAAGCCCAACCCAAAGUAUUGGAAUGCUGUCAUACACAUUCUUAAUGGAAACCGGAAAGCAAGAUAUUGUUGUUCCAAUGAUUGAUUUUGAGAAAAAAGGAGAAGACUGGGGAAUGUUGGUGCGAUCUUCGCCUGCUGACUGGAAAAAAAACAUGGAGACAGUGGUCCGGUGGUCUCCAUACUCGAGUGAAGAAUCUCUUCUACAGCAGUUUGACUAUAUCAACGAUCAAGGCACGCGCAUCAUUAUAUACAACCUUUGGGAGGAUGAAGAAGGACAGCUAGAGCUUGAUUUCGACACUGAUUUGGAGGACAUCCAAAUCAGGGGGGUCAAUAGAGAUCCAAAGAAGAUAGAGAUGGCAAACUUGUAUCCCAACUCUCGACAUUUUUUGACCUACCGCCACUCUUUAAGAAGUUAUGCAGCCAUUCUAUACCUGAACCUUCCAAAUGGGUUUAAAAUUUUCCUUCGUGGAAAAGAAAUCAUCCAUCAUAAUAUAGUUGAUGAUAUGAUGCUGACGCAGAAGAUUAUGUACAAACCAACGCAACUUGCUGAUGGGACAAAGAAUGCUCAAAAGCCGAUGACGGCUGUAGUGACUAUUGGCUUUGUGAAAGAUGCGAAAGACCAUAUCGAUGUUCAAGGAUUCAAUGUUUAUCAUAAGAAUCGGCUCAUUAAGCCAUUUUGGAGGGUUUGGAAUGCUGCUGGAAGUAAUGGUCGGGGAGUUAUAGGUGUGUUAGAAGCUGAUUUCGUCGAACCAGCUCAUGAUAAGCAGGGGUUUGAACGCACAACUGUACUUUCAAGACUUGAGAAUCGAUUGAUUCAGAUGCAGAAGGAAUAUUGGUCUGCGAAUUGCCAAGAAAUCGGAUACGCUAAACGUGGCAAGAGUAGUGCUUCAGAUCCAACUUAUAGACCUCCUUCCACUAAAGACAAAUCUUAUGUGGAUGCAGUUCCGAUUUCAAUAUACACUAAUGAUGCCAGAGUGAACCUGAGACUCAUGAAUAAAUUUGAAGCACCAAAACCUGUGGAAUUUGCACAAAAGUGUGAGAUGCCAGAAACAUACGCGUCAAGAAUAAAUCAAUGUAAAACAUCCGUUUCACUGAAAGAAUCAAAAGCAAGAGGCACUGGCUUUCCUUUAGAGGCAGGAGCCACAAAUGGAGAUGUACAUGCAGAUGUAUCUGGUGGCUGCAAAGCAGACAUUGUAGCAGAGUUGAGGAAAGAAAUUCUUGAACUCAGGCAGAGAUUAGUGAGUAAUGAAGAUGCAGGGGCGUUUACUAGUUUGUUAGAUGAUUUGCGAUCUGAGAGAGACAGAAAUGCCUUGCUUGAAAAUCAACUUCUAAAGGCAAAUGAAAGGAUAAAAGAACAAACCAACCUCAUUGACAAAUUUGCAGACGAAAGACAUCAACGAGACAAGACAGAACUUAAUUUGAUGAAUAAGUUGAAGGAGGCCACGGUUACCGUUGGAGAGUUACGGAUGCAAAUUAAAGUACUUGAGAAGAGCCAAGUCAAAUCUGAAGAAUUUAUUUGAAAGUGCCAUCUCUAAUACAUAUGAUGAUUAGUUUCUUAGAUGAUUUUCAAGUUACAUGUGCAUGAUUUUGUAAUUAUUCCAACUUUAAAAUAGA